AAUGGAUUCUUAUUCAUAUGCUAUUUCUUCUUUUUCUUCUUCUAAUAAUUCCUCUUCAACAUAUCCACAACAAGUGAAGAAAAAUACAAAAUUACCCUCAUAUCAUUCUUUACUCCAUGGAGUUAGAAGGCUCCCAACAAAACCAAUGACUAAACUACCAAUUGCACCUUUGCCACCAACACCUCCUAAAAUAUAUAGAGUUGAACCUAAUAAUUUCAAGGAUGUUGUCCAAAUGCUCACUUCAUCUCCCAAGUUUCAAUCUGUCUCCAAUGAUUCUAUCUCUCGUUCUGAUUCUGGCUCUGACUCUGGCUCUAGUUCUUUCAAUUCGAGACGUCUACAAAAUGUUGCUCCUCCUCCACUUGAUCUCUCACCAGUUUCAUUACAAAGAAAUAAUAAAAACAACAAUAUUGAUGCACAAUGGCGCGAGUGCAUUGACUUAACAACGUGUGAUGAAAAAGAAAGAUCACAUGUAACGCCUCGGAUUCCAUCAGAAAAUUAUUUUGGAUUGUGUAGUCCAUUAGCUAAUUUUCCUCUAUCGCCGUCUUCUUUUGCAUGGUGUUCUUCUAUUCUUCUUAGCCCUGGCACGCUUACUUCACCAAGCGCGGUUCAAAUCAUUUAAAUGUUUAGUAACUUAAAAUUAUAAUCCUCAUGGUUUACAAAGUGAGUACUACUACAUUUAAUUACUUUGUAUAUCGAUCAAGAAUAUGAAUUGGAACUAAAAAUUAAAGUUAUCACAAUUCAAUUACCAUUUAAUUUCAAUUCCAAAAUAUGAUCAAAUGUAUUGUAUUUCCAAAUUUUCAUUUUAAUUGUAUGGUUUGCAUGUAAUUAUUUGUGGUCUCUUUGUGACUCCCUACCACACUGAGGAUUUUCUCUUUAUUUCUAUUCAACUUUUUUUAAAUAGACAAAUUGGUAACAAAAAGCUUAGGAAACAAAAGUAGUACUAUGUUGUAUAAAAUGGUUGUCAGACCAAGCUAUGUAUGUUGUAUAUUGAUCGAUAAAGAAUUCACAUGUUCAGGAAAUAAGAGUUUUAAA